GUCUGGGUAUAUAAAGGGAUGUUGAUCAUAACAUCAGUAUAUCAGGUGUCCUCCCCCCGAUAAACGGUAACACCAAUAGCAGUCAUGAAGAGUGUAGGAUUGGUGUGCGUGUUCCUUGCCGUGGUUAUCGUGGCCCAGGAACCUUCAUUUUACAGCAGGAAACUGACAGCUGACCAACUCAGAGACUUCCCUGGACUGUGCUUCGGGUCAACCACCUGUCGGGUAUACAAUGUGACGGAGUCUUGGGCGAUUCUCCCCUUCUGCGGUAAGGCUACCUGUGUUAAAGAGGGGGAUGCCCUCUUCGAGGUUGUGUCAGAGUGUGCCAGGGCCAAGCCCAGGGCUGACUGCAACGAGAUUCUUGUCAACCCUGCAGAGGUGCCCUUCCCUGACUGCUGCCCUACGUACAAUUGCACAGGAGGCCCCAUCGAGUACUACACACAAGCAGAAAGCGAGCAGCUACUAGCAGCUUCCGCUAGUCUCCCCAAUGCCGGGCCUGCAACCGGUGUCACCACCUCAUAAAAUGUUCAGGAGAGGCGACUUGCGUGAGGGAGCUGAAUAUGUUCUUGGGCGCCGCCAUAACUACCCUCCCUCCCUCACCAUUAUCAAUAACAACCUGCGAAGCUAUCAUACAACGAGUAGAAUCGUUUUGACACACUAAAAUCUUACAAUUAAUGUACAGUAAAUGGUUAGUGAUAUAUAUAUAUAUAUAUAUAUAUAUAUAUAUAUAUAUAUAUAUAUAUAUAUAUAUAUAUAUAUAUAUAUAUAUAUAUAUAUAUAUAUAUACUGUGUAUAUAUAUGAAUUAAAUCAGAGCAAAAGAGGGAGGGAACUAAUGUGAGAAAGGAAUGAAGGCGGUAGGACGUGGACACCUGGUAUCCAACAACAGCCAUCCGGCUGCCUUGCUUGUUACACUACUCUAAAGUCACAUUACAGUAUCCGUAUCCAAAAAGACUCCAAUAACUUCAAAAUAAAUAUACCAUUACUGUCUAUGAUAACCUGAUCUUCUCGUAUAUAAAGACAAAAUGGAAUGAAUUAAUAUGUAAUUCUAAUGUGAAAAUUACAGUUGUACCAUCCACAGUUUACUUUGUUAGGCAGUGUUAUGGCUAAUGCCUUAUAAACUUAAACUAUAACAUGCAGUAAUAGACGUAAAUGUAAUAAAUUAA